AUGAUGACGCCCACCUUCGUUAUCCCGGAGCUCUUCUGCGUAAAGGGGCUCGUCGCGCUCAUCACCGGUGGCGGAACCGGGAUCGGGUUGAUGUGCGCCCGAGCGUUGGCGGAGAAUGGAGCGAAGGUCUACAUCGUUGGAAGACGUAACGAAGUACUCGAAGCUGCUGUCGAAGAAUUUCGCAAGUUGGGAACGACGAGGGAAUGUGGGGGUGGGGCGAUGGUUCCGAUCGUGGGUGAUACGAGUGAGAAGGAGACUAUUGUGCGGAUCAUGAAAGAGAUGGAAGGGAAGGAGAAGUGGUUGGAUCUGCUGAUCAACAAUGCUGGGGUGUCAGGUCCUCGAUGUACGGUCAUUGAUCAGGAUGGUGGUGAGUGGAAUCGAUCGCUGCUGCGCACUUGGCCGAGCAGCGAGCAGGCGUCACGGGAUUGAGCUGACAUAGCAAACCCAUUCAAUGACAGCGGAAGCAAUUCGAAACGCCAUGUUGGCUUGAGAUAUGGAAGAGGCGAUCAAGUUGUUCAAGAUCAACACCUUGGGGUCAGUCACUUUGCAGUGGAUGAGCAAUUGAUCCUUCCACAAAAGUGGAAAAUUUUUCUUUUGAGACGCUCACUAUCUUCUACUUGUUCGGAAAAGGUACUACUAUAUGUCCGCUGCAUUUCUUCCCAUGCUGAAUCGUAGUCCGAAUGGCAGUCAAAUCAUCAACAUCACGAGUGAGUGCGUAGAGCAUCACUGGCUCCUCGCCGGUUAGCAGAUGGAGCCGAUCACACUCUUACUCUCCAGUUCAACUCGAAUGCCAUCAGUCAGGUAAUCUCAAUUUCGGUCGAGAACCUGUCGCAGGAGUGCUCUGUAGGUCAACCUUCGCUUGAUCCCCUGAGACAUCAUCUAUUCAUUCAUUAAUCUCUUCCUUAUCUUUUCGUUGGUUCAGACGCAAUGAGUAAAGCAGCGACCACGCACCUCACCAAGUUGCUUGCGACGAUUCUCGAAGACACGAACGUGCGCUGCAACGAAGUCGCUCCCGGUCUAUUCCCUUCCGGUAAGAAGAAGACUAUGGGAUUGCUAGAUGGAGAUUUCAACAUUUCAUGUUCAUUCGUUCUCGCAUUCCUCGUUUUGUAGAAAUGACCGCACCCCUCUUAGACCAGCGACGCCUGAGCAACGCACUGCAAAACUCGGAACACGACGGUUCAGAACGUCCAAGCAAAUGGUUGAAACCAAACGCUGCCCGAACGAUGCCAUUCGGGACCCCCGAUGAUAUUGCUAGCACUGUUUUUUGUGAGUCGCUUUCUUGGGUCGUUUCUUUGGCUCAAAGGGAGAACGGAAAGUGGACAAGGUCUGAGUUGAAAGCUGAUCGAUCCCCUACGGAUGAAACGGCACAGACCUCGCUAGUAAACGACAGCGCUACCUCUCAGGUUCCGUCGUGAUGCUCGAUGGGGGGAUGUUGAACAGGAUGCCAAGUUCAUACUGA